AUGAUAAUUGUUGGGUGGUAUUUGACAACGAUAGCCGUUGUAGUCGUUGCAGACGAUGAACAAAUGUAUCCAUCGGAUUUUGUUGUGCGUAAUUCAGCAAUACGUCUUCGGAUAAAUGAACCUAUUUUUCAUCAGCUGUCUCGUAUUACCGGACAUCUUUAUAACAGUCAAAUUACUCAAGCAGUUAUACCGCAACAACAGCAAUGCUUUCCAGAAGGUUGUAUGCAAAUUUAUAACUUUCAAAUAGCUGCACAUCGUCCACCAACACUCGUUGCUGUAUUGCCAUCGCCGCCAAAUUUAAUUGCUAUAACUAUACGAGAUUUUGAUAUUUAUAUAACAGGGUCGCUAUCAGGGCAGUUACAGCCACUUCAACCGCUUCCGAUUGCCGUACCGGCUAGCGGUAGUUUAACCGCUUCAGCUAUCCAACUUGGUGUAUCAGCGGUAUUGGAUGUGCAAAAGACAUCCGACAAUAUACCAUAUCUUCGGGUGGUAUCAUGUUCGUUGUUUGAAGGUAAUGUUGGUGCACGAGUGGAAAAUAUGGGAUUGAUCAAUGAAAUUGUGAACACUAAAUAUCAGGUUUGA